GCCACCGAUCGUAUGAUCGAGGUGUAUAAGCGAUUUCGGUUGAAAAUUUUUCACGACUUAGCACUGACCAAACCGGUGCUCAGGGGCAACGAGUUUUUCCGUCGCUAUGGACGAAGUGACGAAGAUGGUCGACGGAAGUUGCCCUCGCUAUGGAGAAAGAAGCGCCCACAAAAGUUUCAGUUUGACGAGUUCGCAUAUCGUACGCCGGAGGAAAACGAGGAAGCGUUGCGGCGCAUUCAGAAGCAUCUGGAUAAAAUGAUUGCAAAGAGUAUACGGGAGGCGGAAAAGCGACGCGCUGAAAAGGAAGAGCAAGAGCGAAGGCCACAGUUUUGCACUUCUAAAAGCAAGAAUGUUUACCAGGUGAAGGUGAAAAAGAAACGACUUACUAACGAGCAGUACAUCAAGAAACUUAAGCAAUCGGAAAGCAUGAAAUUGAAAUAUCUCCAAGCCUUACUGCCCGUCCAUCCGGAUGAUCAAAAGCAUAAAAUAUUACUACGAUACGAGCAAAACUUCCGUCAUGCAAUGUACUUCUUCGACGACGCAAUGAAGCAGCGUACACUGAACGUUCUAGAUCAGCUAGAUGUGCGCAAGAUCGACCACUAUCCUUCACAUUUGAUCAAAAAGAUUCUUCCCCGAGUAGAUCAACGACUUAACUAUCUCAAACAGGCGUACAAGUUCAUACUCGAGGAGGAACAGCUUUGGCCUAACGUAUAUCCCGAGGUGAUACUGAUGGACUACCUCUUCGAUACCGAUCACGGUGUGUCCCGCGAUCAAGCCGUUUUCUUCAUCAUACUACUUAUGGACCUACAGGAAGACUAUCGGUACUACGUAAAGCGUGCCUUUUUGCGGUACAUUCUACGCUCGGAAGCGGAAAGAUCUCGCCUCCAGCUUGCCAUUGAACCACCCGAGUUUCCCAUCGCCACUAUGGUCGCUCCGGUUCCGUGGAAGUGUUCCAUACAAAUUGCGAAGAACCGACUCGAAGAGGUACUCAUGAUUAAUCACCCUGUGCUGCAAGCGAUCAACAUGCUAUGGCACAAGCUGUACAGUAAUUUAUUGGUGGUUGAUUCGGUGAAAUUUUACAGCACCGAUAUCCCAAUGCAUGCGGAUAAAAUUACUGAGAUGAUACACAACAGCUGUCGAAUAACGAGAGAUAUAUUAAUCAACGACUGGAUGCCACGAGUAGCAGAUCUGGUAGAUGUGAUGCGAAAAUACUGGAAAGAUUUGGUACCACGCAACUCCAGCCACGGUGGACGGGGUACUAUCUUUUUCAACUGCAUCCACGCACUCACCUCGUACCAUCUGCAAGAACUCAUCAAGAAGAGUCUGGAUCAUUUGGUCGAGGCGUUAGAAGUGUACCGCGAAGGUGAUGUUGUUGGAGAGGAGCCAAAGGUGAAGAAGAAACCCUUCAUGACACUUACCGUCUCGGUGGUUGGGCAACACCACACGGAUAUCGAGAAAACGACGGAGAAAAGUGAUCUUUCACUGUAUCAGGUGGAUGAUGAUGAUCCUGACAUACUAGCCUCGGAGUCGGACGACUUCGUGCUGACCAACAGCGACGAAAGAAGAACGUCCUUCAUUGUGGAGAGCAGUGGCAAGAUUAUCAUCUAUCCCUACAUGGAGGAACUGCCCGACCUGUUCAAAAGUUACUUCGUCAAGAUACUGAAAGUGGGCUACAAGAUCCCAAGGCUCGAGUACUAUCUCACACAGGAUGAAAAGCAGCUCGGUUAUCUCCACUUCAUACGCACCGAUAACGACGACAUGCAGAAGUUGUACGAGCGUGUGAAGAGGAUUGUCAUUGCCAACCAGACCGGUCCGACGGUGUACUUGUAUCCGAUGUACGAGUACUAUUUCCCCGUUUUGGCUAACAAAAUGAAGUUGAUAACGGAGGGUAUUUUCUCACAACUGGAACUUCCACCACUGGAUAUUUUCAAAGAGCUCGUUCAAAAAUUUACCGACCUUUUGAAUGGCAUUUACUACCUGCGUGACUUUAUACCGCUCAAUCUGUUCAUGCUCGAUAACAGCAGAUUGAACAAGGUACUGGAAAAGCUUGUGAAUGAUCUCAAGAACUUUGUCAUCAACUAUUUCAUCACGCUCAAUCAGGUGGACAAUAGAAGAAUUUGUGAUGAGUUCGAGGAUAUGUCACUGCACGCUGGUGAGAGACCCAAAGAAACGCCCGAAGUCGUCGCGCUGCAAAACUAUCUUACCCAAUGCCGAGAGGAGCGCAUGUACCAAUUGACGAGCGAAAUUAAGCAGGUCGCUCAGCGAGUCAUCUUCCUGCUGACUCAUGCAAUUCUUGAUCAGGAAGAUAUAAAUCUCAACUCCCGUCUGUUCCUGUGGCCGAAAGAGCUGGAAAAAGUGCUCGAUCUGAGCGGUGCCCGAUUAUCAGUGGUCCGUGAAAAUCUUGAAACGUCCUUGCGCGAGCGUCGUGUCAAAUUCGAACAGUACCUGAUGACGGAAAAGAAAAAAAUGGAUCACUUUCGUACGAGAGAAAUACGAGAAAUGCUCUCACUGGACGAUCUGCGUGAUAAAGUGGAUACGGUGGAUGGGUUAAUGAAGAUUUUAGAAGACUGUAGCAGAGAAGCGAAAGAAAUCAACACGAACGAAAAUUUAUUGCAGAUCGAUCUUUCCUUCUUCCCGUCGCUCAAUGAGAUGAUCGAAAAGAUGGGACCAGUUGAGAAGCUGUGGCAUACAGCAUACAAGUUUGACACCUGCCACGAGGUGUGGUACUUUGGUCCGUUCAAAGAUCUCGACGCGGACAUUAUUCGGAACGCGGUGGAGGAGAUGUAUCAAGCAAUCUCGGUGCUGCUGAAGGAGCUCACCGGCAGCCCACAGGCAAAGCGUGUAGCCGAGCAGAUACGCAUGAAGGUGGAAAAGUUUAAGGUGUACCUCCCAAUACUGGAGUCUGUCUGUCGCCAGGGGCUGUGCGAUCGACAUUGGAAGCAGAUCUCGGAAGAACUGGGCCAAGAAGUGAACCCUGCCGUGCACAAUUCGCUCAGCCAGAUGGUGGAGAUCGAUAUCGUCAAAAUACAGGAGCGUCUCGAAGAGAUCUCUAACGCGGCUGGCAAAGAGUACGAGCUGAACAUUCAGCUCGUCAACAUGCAGGAAGAGUGGACCGACGUGUUGUUCGUUUGCGUACCGUACCGGGACAGCGACAUGUACAUUCUAUCCUCCGUCGACGAGAUACAAACCUUGCUGGACGAUCACAUUCUGAAGGCACAGGCGAUGCGAGGAUCACCGUAUAUCGCUGCACUCGGCACUAAAGCGAACAACUGGGAGGACAAGCUCAUUUCCAUGCAGGACAUUAUCGAUACCUGGCUGCAGGUGCAGGCGACCUGGAUGUAUCUCGAGCCAAUUUUCAGCUCCGAGGACAUCCUCCGUCAGAUGCCAACCGAGGGCCGUCACUUUAAGGCUGUCGAUCGUGUAUUCCGCAAGAUCAUGAAACACACCACGGCCGAUGCGCAUGUCAUCCAGGCGACAGACUAUCCAGAGCUGCUGAUCACCCUCCGGAAGGCGUACACCGAUCUGGAGGAGAUCCAGAAGGGUCUCAAUAUGUAUCUGGAGAAGAAACGGCUCUUCUUUGCCCGCUUCUUUUUCCUCUCGAACGACGAGCUGCUGGAAAUUUUGUCCGAAACAAAGGAUCCACUACGUGUGCAGCCACAUCUGAAGAAGUGCUUCGAAGGCAUCCAUUCGCUGCAAUUUGAUCAACAGAUGGAAAUUGUUUCCAUCAUUUCUGCUGAGCAGGAAGUGAUUCCAUGCGUACGCAAGGUCAACCCUAACCUUGCAAACGGUUUGGUUGAAAAAUGGCUGAAGGAGGUCGAGACAGUAAUGCUGGAAAGCGUCAAGGAACAGAUAUGGCAAUCGUACGAACGCUACCCGAACGAUCCACGAAAGGUGUGGGUAUUGAACUGGCCAGGUCAGGCCGUUCAAGUCGUUUCGUGCCUGAAAUGGACUGAAGAGGCCGAAGAAGCUAUACAACAAGGACAGCUUCCUCAAUUUGCAAAAACUUGCAGCAAUCAGAUAGCAGAAUUGGUGGAUCUUGUACGAGGAAAUCUCACCACUGGAGCAACGAUCACAAUCGAGGCUCUUAUCGUCGUCGACGUACAUGCACGGGACAUUGUCAAUUUGCUUGUGGAGAAGCAGAUAACCGAUGUUGGUGAUUUCAACUGGUUCUCUCAGCUUCGAUACUACUGGCGUAUAGACGACGAUGACAAGCAAAGUUAUGUCGGUGUUAGUAUGGUCACCACGGACCUAAAAUAUGGAAUGGAGUAUCUUGGUAACACGGGACGUCUCGUUACAACACCACUCACCGAUCGAUGCUUCCGCACGCUUAUGGGUGCAUUUAAGCUGAACCUGGGCGGCGCUCCGGAAGGGCCGGCUGGUACCGGCAAGACAGAAACCUGUAAAGAUCUUGCCAAAGCAGUCGCAAAGAAAUGCGUCGUAUUCAACUGCUCCGAUGGGUUGGAUUACAAAGCGUUGGGUAAAUUCUUCAAGGGUCUCGCUCAGUCCGGCUCGUGGGCGUGCUUCGAUGAGUUCAACCGGAUCGAGCUAGAGGUACUCUCAGUCGUAGCUCAACAGAUUCUCACCAUACAGCAUGCCAUCGCACAGAAGAUUGCCAAAUUUACAUUCGAAGAUACGCACCUGAAGCUAGAUCCUACGUGCAAUAUCUUCAUCACGAUGAAUCCUGGCUAUGCAGGACGUACAGAGCUGCCAGAUAAUCUGAAGGUACUGUUUCGUACGGUAGCCAUGAUGGUACCCGAUUAUGCCAUGAUCGGUGAGAUCACACUCUACUCAAAUGGGUUUGAUAACGCACGUGUGCUGGCGCAGAAAAUCGUACACACGUACAAACUCUGCUCGGAACAGCUGUCCUCGCAGUUUCACUACGACUACGGAAUGCGUGCUGUCAAAUCCGUCCUAAUGGCAGCUGGUUCACUGCGGCGUACUCAGCCACACUUGGCCGAGGAUCAAAUCGUUUUACGUGCUAUUAUUGAUGUGAAUCUACCAAAAUUUCUGCAACAGGAUAUACCCCUGUUCGAAGGCAUCUACAAAGAUCUUUUCCCAGGCGUUAAUCUUCCUCCGCCUGCUCGAGAUGACAUUGUACGCAUAUUGUUGGUGAAGUUAGUUAAAAGGAAGCUACAGCCUACAGCCUGGUACAUUGAUAAGAUCAUGCAGAUUUACGAAAUGAUGCUUGUGCGCCACGGGUUAAUGAUCGUUGGCGACUCGAUGGGAGGUAAAACGACCGCCUAUCAAGUGUUGGCCGAAACGCUACGCGAGCUCCGUCUCGAGAAGGGACCAAAGUGUGAAGAGCAAGGUGUACAGUACCGAAUCAUAAAUCCAAAGUCCAUUUCUAUGGGUCAAUUAUACGGUAGCUUUGAUCCAGCAUCACAUGAAUGGUCAGACGGGGUCCUGGCAAACACGUUCCGAGAAAUGGUAAACACAACGAGCCCAGAGCGACAAUGGAUUUUGUUUGAUGGGCCGGUUGAUGCGGUAUGGAUCGAGAAUCUAAACACAGUGCUCGAUGACAACAAGAAGCUCUGUUUAAUGUCAGGUGAAAUUAUUCAGAUGACGAAACUCAUGAACCUCGUGUUCGAACCAGUUGACCUGGAGCAAGCUUCUCCUGCAACCGUUUCCAGAUGUGGAAUGAUCUACAUGGAACCACAUCAGCUGGGCUGGAUUGCUCUACACAAGUCAUUUCUGCUAGUGCUAGAAGAGAAAGGAGUAUCGGAAAUUAGCAUCGGUGUCUUUGAGCAGCUGGUGGAGUGGUUGAUACCGCCAGCACUGAAAAUUCUCAAAAUAGUCAAAACUGUCCUGCCAAUAUCCGAGAUGCAAUGCUAUUCGAUGUUCUCCAAGUUCUUCUACAUAUUUUGCACACGCAUACCAAAUUACACACAAAUACAGUUCCAGCAAACGUUCCUCUUCUGUUACGCCUGGGGCUACUUCUCCUCUGUGACGAACGAGGGACGCAAAAUGAUAGAUCCAUUGCUGAGGAAGAUACUGUACGGCGCUAAUGAAGAUCAUCCAAAGCCGAAGCACUUCUCCCUUAACCGUGGCCAGAUGUAUCCGGAAAAGAUGAACUUCAUGGACUACCGUUACGACGAGCACGAAAAUUGGUGGCCUUGGCAAACUACCGAAGAACUCGUACUCCCUGAAUCGUGCAUCGUGUCCGAACUGAUGAUUCCUACUAAAGAAACUGGCUACAUUCUGUACUGGACGAAUUUAUGCGUUCGCAAUGGUAUUCCGAUUCUACUCGCCGGUCCAACCGGAACGGGCAAAAGUGCUACCAUUUCCAACUACAUUCGAGAACUGCCCAAAACCAAAUUUAUCUCCAAUAUUAUUAACUGUUCGGCGCGGAGCACUGCCGCCCAGGUGCAGGACACGAUCAUGAGCAAGUUGGAUCGUCGACGAAAGGGCGUGUAUGGACCACCGGUCGGGAAGGAGUGUGUCAACUUCAUCGAUGAUCUUGCUAUGCCGGCCCGUGACGAUUAUGGUUCACAACCACCGUUGGAACUAGUGCGUACCUGGCUGGAUCAUCGCAUAUGGUCCGAUCUGCGCGAUACAUCCAAAAUCGAAUUGAUCGAUUUACUGCUCAUCGCUGCUAUGGGACCGAUCGGAGGCAGUAACUACAUCCCGCAGCGGCUCUAUCGCCACAUGUUCGUUAUGUCGAUCGAUUCCUUCGAAGAUACCACUCUGAUGCGUAUCUUCUCCUCCAUCGGCGAUUGGCACUUUGCGAAAGGUUUCCCGGAGCCUGUCGCACGGCUCAGCAAGCUACUCAGCCAAGCAUCAAUUGCGGUGUACCGUGGAGCGAUUGAAAGCUUUCUACCGACGCCUGCUAAGUCCCACUAUCUCUUUUCUCUGCGGGACGUAUCCCGCGUAUAUCAAGGGAUUGUUCUGCUACCCUCAAAAAAGCUUCCCGAUCCGGAGAAGCUUGUGCGGCUCUGGGUACACGAAACUUAUCGCGUGUUUUGCGAUCGAUUAGUAGAAGAUGACGAUAAGCUGAAGCUACUACGUCUAGUCGAUGAUGCAUGCGUUACACAUCUACGCUUGAAGCUGGAGCAAGCCUUUGGCGAUCGCCUCGAACAGGGCCAGAAGGUAUCAGAUAAACAUAUACGGGAUCUGCUUUUCGGUAACUACAUGGAACCUGCCGCUGUAACUCGUAUCUACGACGAGGUAGAUAACUGGGAGCAGCUCGAAAAGAACAUCAACUUCUACCUGUCCGAGUACAACGAACGCUCAAAAUCGCCCAUGAAUUUAGUCCUGUUCCGGUUCGCUAUCGAACACAUUUCCCGCGUGUCGCGAGUACUUCAGAUGCCUCGUGGACAUCUGCUGAUGGUUGGUCUCGGUGGCUCUGGACGACGCAGUGCCGUCAAGCUGGCAUCCAGCAUGAGCGAUUCGCUCGUAUUUCAGGUGGAAGUAACGCGCAGCUACACACUCAACGAGUGGCGCGAGGAUAUGAAAAAACUGCUCAUGUAUGCGGGCUGCGAAGGGAAGCGAACCGUGUUCCUAUUUAACGACUCCCAGGCAAAGGAGGAAGCUUUCGUGGAGGACAUCAAUUCCCUCCUCAACACUGCCGAUCUGCCCAAUCUUUUCCAGGCCGAGGAGAAGGCGGUGAUCCUCGAACAAAUGCAAAUUAUCGUCCAGGCCACGAACAAGCCAAUCGAUCUGACAGCACUUUCACUUUACAGCUUCUUCGUAGAACGUGUCCGCGAGAAUCUGCACAUAGCUCUUGCGUUCUCGCCGAUUGGGGACUCCUUCAAGAAGAGGCUUCGCAUCUAUCCCUCCCUCAUCAACUGCUGCACAAUCGAUUGGUUUACGGCUUGGCCCGAUGAUGCACUGCAGAAGGUGGCCGAAUUUUUCAUUCGCUCGAUGGAUCUCGUCAGCAGUCAGGAGCGAUUGUCCAUGUCACGCGAGUCGUCGAGUGUCGAGGUGGUAGAGCCAACGGACGAAAAGGAUCCAAAGGCACGCAAGCUAACCGAGUUGGAGGUUAAGCUUAUUAAUUGUGUUUUGGUCUUCAAUGAAAGUGUCGUCGAUAAUUCGAGUCGUUUCUUCAAUGAGCUGGGUCGUCGUAACUACGUCACCCCUACUUCUUACCUGGAAAUGUUGCGAUCAUUCAAAGACUUGUACCACAAAAAGUACUCGGAAACCAUUACACAACGCGAUCGUUAUACAACCGGUUUGGAAAAGCUUGAUUUUGCCGCCGGGCAGGUAUCGGUCAUGCAGAACCAGCUACAAGAUCUGCAACCGAUGCUAAAGCAAACGUCCGAUGAAACGGAGAAAAUUAUGGUCAAUAUCGAGCGCGAAACGGCAGAAGCUGAAAAGAAGAAGGAAAUCGUUGGUGCGGAUGAAACGGCAGCGAACGAGGCCGCCGCAUCGGCACAAGCGAUUAAGGACGAUUGUGAAAGCGAUCUGCAGGAAGCAGUUCCCGCCCUUGAGGCUGCUCUUGCUGCCCUUGAUACGCUCAAACCGGCAGAUAUUACUGUAGUGAAGUCUAUGAAAAAUCCACCGUCUGGUGUGAAGCUCGUACUGGAAGCAGUUUGCGUUAUUCGCGGUAUCAAACCAGAUAGGAAACCUGAUCCAAAUGGUCAUUUAGUGGAAGACUACUGGGGACCUUCGCAAAAGAUGCUGGGAGACCUCAAAUUUCUGGAUAGUUUGAAGACCUUCGAUAAAGACAACAUCCCCAUACCUGUUAUGAAGAAAAUCCGAGAAGUGUACAUUGCUGAUCGUGAGUUUGUGCCGGAGAAAAUUAAAAGCAUUUCAAUGGCCUGUGAAGGUCUCUGCCGAUGGGUGCGUGCUAUGGAAAUCUACGACCGUGUCGCCAAAAUCGUGGCACCGAAAAAGAUUGCUCUAGCAGAGGCAGAAGCCGAGCUGGCAAUGCAGAUGGAAAAGCUCAACUCGAAGCGUGCCGAGCUGCAGGAAAUUCUCGACAAGCUACAAAAACUGAACGAUUUCUUUGCCGAAAAGUCUCGCGAAAAGAAACGGCUCGAAGACGAGAUCGAUAGUUGCGAAAAGAAGCUAAUCCGAGCGGAGCAGUUGAUCGGUGGUCUUGGCGGUGAAAAGCGGCGAUGGUCCGAGUGUGCAUUCAAUCUACACCAAUCGCUUAGUAACGUGGUGGGAGAUGUUUUGUUGGCCGCUGGUUGUGUAGCCUACCUUGGAUGCUUCACCACCGAGUUCCGUUCUACAAUCGUGCAGGCAUGGAAUGCUGAGGCGGUCACACGGCGUAUACCGUGCACGGAGAAUUUCUCCUUGAUCACGACGCUCGGUAAUCCGUUGCAAAUUCGUAGCUGGUCAAACUGGGGUCUACCGACGGAUAACUUUUCCGUAGAGAAUGGAAUUAUUUUGAAGCAUGCACGCCGCUGGCCACUCAUGAUUGAUCCGGAGGGACAGGCGAAUAAAUGGGUGAAAAACAUGGAGAAAGCGAACAAUCUCCGGAUCAUCCAGCAAAUGGAAGCCAACUAUAUGCGCAUCGUGGAGAACGCAAUUAUCAAUGGGUAUCCUGUGCUGCUGGAGAAUGUGGGCGAGAACAUUGAUUCCGGUUUUAACUCCAUACUCGAGAAGAACAUUAUCUAUCAGAAAGGAUCGUACAAUAUUAAGUUUGGUGAUGGUAUGAUUGAGUACAAUGACAACUUCCGGUUCUACAUCACAACCAACCUGCGUAAUCCACACUACCUGCCCGAAACAGCCGUCAUGGUGACGUUGAUGAACUUUAUGAUCACGGAACAGGGUUUGCGAUCGCAGCUGCUUGGUACGGUUAUUGUACAGGAGCGUCCAGAUUUGCAGGAGAAAAAGGAGUCUCUCAUCAUAGAGUCUGCGCAAAACCAGGAAGCACUGUACAACGCUGAGGCUAAGAUUCUGCAGGUACUGUCAACUGCCGAAGGAAACAUUUUGGACGAUGAAAAUGCAAUUGACAUUCUCACCUCGAGCAAACAACUUUCGGAGGAGAUUCAAGCGAAACAGAUAGUUGCCGUGGCGACUGAGGCAGAAAUUGAUGCUGCCAGGCAACAGUACAUCCCGGUAGCACGUCAUUCGGCUGUAAUCUUCUUCUGUACGGCCGAACUGGCAAACAUCGAUCCCAUGUAUCAGUUUAACUUAACCUGGUUCCUGAACAUCUUCGUACAGGCCAUCCUUAACUCUCCCAAAUCGGACGAUUUGGAACAGCGCUUAAAACAUCUCACUCAUUACUUUACUAUGGCCAUUUACAACAACGUAUGUCGCUCGUUGUUUGAGAAGGAUAAACUUAUGUUUUCGUUUGUGCUGUGCCUGGGAAUUAUGCGCGGUCGAGGAGAUAUUAAAGAUGAGGAGCUAUCGUUCCUGCUGACAGGUGGGCUAGCCUUGGAUAACCCAUAUCCAAACCCCGCUCCCGAUUGGCUAACGGAUAAGUGUUGGUCCGAAAUAGUGCGUGCCGGAUCGCUUCCCUCGCUCAAGGACCUACCCCAAUCGUUUAUGGGCAGCAUUGAACACUGGAAAGCUUACAACGAUCUAAACGAUCCCGAUGCACAACCACUUCCGGAACCGUUCGAUAAGCAUGAAAACAUUGUCAAGCUGAUCAUACUGAAGUGUCUCCGGCCGGAUAAAGUAGUGCCUGGGUUGCAGCGUUUCAUCAUACAAAGUAUUGGCAAAACGUACGUCGAACCCCCGCAGUUCAAUUUGGAAACCUCGUACCGAGAUAGUUCUCCCAGAAUUCCGCUCAUAUUUAUGCUAUCACCUGGUUCGGAUCCGAUGGAUAACAUCUUUACAUUCGCAAACGCCCACUACAUGAGUGACGAUUGUCGGGUGAUCUCGCUUGGACAAGGCCAGGGUCCGAAGGCUACCAGAACUAUUCUGGAUGCGAUCAAACUAGGCUAUUGGGUUAUCCUUCAGAACUGUCACGUGGCGGAGUCGUACAUGGACGAGUUGGAGAAAAUCUGUAUGGAUUCGAGUCUGUACGAAUCGGUACAUCCGAAGUAUCGUUUGUGGUGUACAUCAUAUCCUAGCCGUCGUUUUCCUGUGUCCAUCUUGCAGAAUAGUGUGAAAAUGACGAACGAAGCACCGAAAGGUGUGAAAAACAAUAUGACACGCAUCUUCACCACGGAACCACUUUCUAACAAUUCGUUCUAUUCGGAUGCAUUCGAUGGAGAUCUCGGCAAGGUAUGGCUGCGUGGUGUGUUUUCGCUGGUGUUCUUCCAUGCGGUUGUACAGGAACGUUGCAAGUUCGGUCCAUUGGGUUGGAACAUCCCGUAUGAGUUCAAUGAGUCGGAUCUUAAAAUUUCACUGAUGCAGUUGAAGAUGUUUCUCAAUCAAUACCACAAGAUCCCGUUUGAGGGGCAUAUUUAUCUUACGGGCGAAUGUAACUACGGUGGCCGCGUGACUGACGAUAAGGAUCGACGAUUGCUGAUGGCUCUUUUGAAUCGGAUCUACAAUCAAAACACCAUUGACAUCGAUAACUACCAGCUGACCGAGUCGGGCCGUUACAAAGUGCCGGAGCUGCCAACUGGCAAAGAGUCACUUGCCUACAUCUCCACCUUACCCAUGAUCGCUCAUCCCGAGGUGUUUGGAUUGCAUGAAAAUGCAGACAUCACGCGUAACAUUGAUGAAACAUCGUCGCUUCUUGAUCGAGUACUGCUCACUCAAACACAUCUCUUCGCUGGUACAGCUUCAUCCGAUACGGAACAAAAAGAGGACCCCGUCUUGCUGCUUUGUACCGAAAUUGCAAAAAAGCUGCCCAACCUCUACGAUGUAGAUGCCGUCGCCGAGCUGUACCCAAUCGAGUACGAAAACUCCAUGAAUACCGUACUGCGGCAGGAGCUAACACGCUUCAACCGUUUGCUGGAGUACAUCCGGCUCAGUCUGGUCGAUGUGCAGCGAGCGAUUAAGGGUCAGAUUAGUAUGAUACCCGAGCUGGAAAAUAUCUAUCGAGCGAUGAAAAUUUCGCGUGUACCGAAGGCUUGGCUAUCGAAGAGUUAUCCUUCGCUCAAACCACUCGGUAGCUAUGUGAACGAUUUUGUCCAACGGUUAGCAUUCUUCCAGCGUUGGAUCGACGAAGGGGAACCGAAUGUGUACUGGAUGAGUGGGUUCUACUUUACGCAGUCUUUCCUUACCGGUAUUAUGCAGAAUCAUUCGCGCAAAUUCAAACUGCGUAUCGACGAACUGGUUAUGGAUUUUGAUAUGACCAGUUUUGAAUCGGAUGAAGCCGUUAAAGAUUCGUCGGAAGUGGCUACAUUUGUAAAGGGUCUGUACUUGGAAGGUGCUCGCUGGAACCGGGAAAGCAUGCGGCUGGACGAGCCACUGUCACGCAUUCUCUACGACACGCUGCCCAUCAUCUCGAUGUCUCCAGUACUGAAAACGGAAAAGAGUGGCCAAGAGCGCCUGUGCUAUGACUGUCCCAUCUACAAGACUAGUGAGCGACGAGGUGUUCUAUCUACCACCGGGCACUCAACAAACUUCGUUAUGUUUCUCGAGCUGGACACUGUUAUGCCUCAGGAGCACUGGGUUCUUCGAGGAACCGCAUGUCUCUGUCAACUGGAUGACUGA